AUGUAUCAGUACGUUAUUGAAGCACCAGAUAAUGUGAAAUCUGUGCAAAUUACUGGAACGUUUGACAACUGGUCCAAAAGUCUUCCAGAAAUCACUACACCACCAUUUGAGCAAACAAUCACACUUCCUGAAAAACAGGAUAUCAUUUUCAAAUUUAUUAUAGAUGGUAAUUGGACAACUCUUGAUUCGUAUCCAAUUGUCACUGAUGAACAUGGAAAUGCCAACAAUGUUAUCCACGCUGAGCAUUUAAUACUUGUUGAAGAGGAGAAAGAAGAGGAACCAGAAAGAGAUGACAGUUUGAAACUUGAUGACGAAGGAAGUGCAGUUGUUCAGGUGGAUGAGCCGGUUGUUUUGGCUGUAACUGAUGGCGAUGAGGUAGUCAACAAUGUUGAGGGCAAAUAUCAUGAAGAAAAAGAGUUCAAAGAGCAAGCGGUUGACGAAAGCAAACAGACUGGUAUUAAUGCCGAACAAAUUCCUACUGAAUCAUUGCAAGAGGAUGAAGGCAUCAAAGAAUAUGUUGCACCAGAAAAAUCCAAGCAGGUGCCAGUGCAUGAUCAAAAAGCUACUGGAAUUGAUCCUACAUCAUCAUCCUCUUCAUUCGCUGCUGUUUCAAGCCCUCCUACUUCUUCUGAUUUCGAACAUAUUGAUGGAUCACCCAGCUCCGAGGAACCCACACCUCAUAAAGCUGUAGAAGAAUCUGAAGAUCACACGGGCACACCAGUGACAGAAUCUAGUGCAAAAUUUCCAACUGCUACUGCAAAUGCUGCAACCGCAACUGCAACAGCCCAUGCUGCAAAGAAGCCCGAGAAACCCACAUUGUUGGCACACCCUUCAGAGUCUACUCUUAGAGCACCUACAUCAUCCGGCAGUCAAACCCCUGUCAUUGGCUCGAGCUCAUCAUCCACUACAACACCUAAUCAGCAUGAUUCAAUUCAACAUGCACUUAGAAUUCCGGGAUCAUUUGAUAAUAGGCCCUCUGUUGAGAGACAAGGCAGUGGGACUAAACGAGAAAGUCUUAUUUCUAAAUUCAAGAACUUGUUUAAGUAG